UUUUUAUUCCGCGAGUCGGUGGUCUUCAGAAAAUAUAUAAUACGAAAUUUACCAAUAUUUUCUCUUGUUAAGGGAUAUAUCGAGCGGAUAUAUCAGAUCUUCGAUCGAAAUAGCUUCCAAAUAAAAACCCUAGCUCUCGGUUUCUCUCUCGAUUCCAUACAGGUCGGAGUUUUCUCGGAGGGUUCUCGAUCGAAACAUAGAUAGUGAGUGAUCUAGGAAUUGCGAUGGGAUCCAGAUCUCGUAAUGAAAAUUUCCAGUCCGGCGAUGGCGCCAGUCCAGGGAAGAUAUUCAUCGGAGGAUUACACAAAGAGACCACCAACGCUGUGUUCAAUAACCAUUUUGGCAAGUACGGGGAGAUUACAGAUUCCGUCAUCAUGCGAGAUCGACACAGUGGACAACCUAGGGGUUUUGGUUUCAUCACCUAUGCUGACCCUUCUGUUGUCGAUAAAGUCAUGGAGGAUACUCAUAUUAUCAAUGGGAAACAGGUUGAGAUCAAAAGGACUAUUCCCAAAGGUGCUGGUGGCAAUCAGUCAAAAGAUUUCAAAACUAAGAAGAUUUUUAUUGGUGGUAUACCCUCGACUGUUACAGAAGAUGAACUUAAGGAGUUCUUUGCCAAGUAUGGGAACGUGGUGGAACACCAGAUUAUCCGAGACCAUGAAACAAACAGGUCCCGAGGUUUUGGUUUUGUAAUUUACGACAGCGAAGAAGUUGUAGAUGAAUUAUUGUCCAAAGGAAACAUGAUCGAUAUGGCAGACACUCAGGUGGAGAUCAAGAAAGCUGAACCAAAGAAAUCUUCAAACCGUUCACCUCCUCCUUAUGGUAGUCACCCUAGAGGUCGCUCUUUUAAUGAUAGUUAUGGCGGACCUUACGGAGGUUUUGAUGGAAGGUAUGGUCCUCCAGGUCCCAUUAGGUCACACGGAGGUCCUCCUAGUAGGUUUGCUGGGGAUUAUGGGUAUGGACCGUAUGGUCGUGGCGGUGUAGGCCCUGAAUUUGGAGGAAGGUAUGGUGAUUAUGGACCUUACCGGAAUGAACCUCCCCUUGGCUACUCUAGUCGUUUUGGACCCUAUGGGAGCGGGUUUGGUGGUGAGGGCUAUGGCUAUGGUAAUGGCUAUGGUCGUGGAGGAGGGGAAGGCUAUGUGGGCUAUGGCGGUGCAGGUUAUGAUGGGGCAUUCGAAUCCGGUGGCCCAGGUGGCAGUUACGAUGGUGCAGGAGGUCCCUAUGGAAGGGGUUACAGUAGCAGUAGUCGUUACCAUCCAUAUGCAAGAUAGGCUUCAGAUCCUUUGGUAGACGCUAUAGAAGCUUCUCACGUGUUUCUCUAGAUUCUGCUGCGUAGUUGCAUUCUAGAGGAAACUUAGAGUUAUCAUGUAGCGGCACAUCAGGAAGGGUUUGCUAAGGCCAGGAAGAGCAUCAAAAAAAAUAGUUUUAUUGCCAUAUUAUAGACAUCUGCUAGUGUGUGUGUGUGCUUGUUUCUCUACUUUAAGUGUUGUUUUACCUCUUAACUUAGAUUGUGUUAUGUAGACUUUAGCAUAUUUGGUUUUGGUUUUGGAGUUUGUUGUUUCACUUCCAUAAGGAUAUAAUCGUUUGGUAGUCUCGUUAGAUAAUCAAUCACUCACUUUUUUAGUUCCCCUCCUCCCUUUGCUUAGUUUGCAUAACCCUCUACGAAUUAGCUUAAGAAGCUCUGCAUAAACUACAUUCAUUAUUCUUUAGAGCUCAAGUUGAAUGCUUUCUGUCGUAUAGUGCUAAGUAGUUUUCUUAAUUGUCAGCUGUUUACGUAGGAUCUAGCUACAAAUUGGAAGUCUAUAAUAAUUAUGUGGUUAAAAGGAUAUAGGUUCAAUUUGUAUGUUUUAAAUUCAGACCCUAUAUGUAUGUGUAUUCGGUCAUCAGGAUUUAGUUGUACGGGAAUAUGAUUAUUUACCAGAGCUAUUAGAAUGUGGUUUUUAGGCCAUGGUUACGUGUUUGGUGUUUGUUUCUGGUUUCUUUCGGGUCAGGGCCAUGCGUAUUUGGUUUGGCCUUCGUUUUGUACCAACAAUGUGGAUUUUGUUAAAUCUUUAAAAGGUUUUAGAGUUAAAUUGUAAAUGACAUUUUUAUAUCAUUUUGUAAAUAUACAGUACAUUGUACAACAGUUUUGGAUAUCUAUUGAUUUCGUGACUUAUACUAUGUAUGAUUCAGCAACAGAGAUAAUGACCACUUUCGAAAUGUCAUUCCAAAAUGGAUCUCGUUACCCCUGUGCGAAAAAUCAUCUCCUAGUUUCUAAUGUCCAAAAAGGUCC